AAGGAAAGGUGGAGGUGGGUCCUGUCACCAGUGGUCAGCCUUUCCUUGGAACACAGAAGGUGUAGCGCUUCUUAACCAUGACUGCUUUCUGGAAGCACAAGGCUCAGGUCAGUUUUAACAUUGCCAGACGGAACAAGGUUACUGCUAUUACCAUACUUAUGUUUAUAAACUGUGUGAGAUAUGCACCAUAGAAGUUUGUUUUAUAACUUUAAAAUCUAUAGGAUUCUUAAUAUUUCUGCACUAAAGGACUAGAACAGCACAGCUUUGCCUUAUAAGGGUGACCAGGGGUUGGAAGUCCUUUGAAACAAAGCAAGGGGAAGAACCCACUGCAGAGGGAGGGCGGAAGACCAGGGGCAGGCCAGCGGCCCGUGGUCAAAGUGGGACCCAGUGAAGGAGACCGCGCUCCCUCCGAGACUGCUUCUGGUGAGGAGGGAAGGGGUGAAAGAUGGGCGUUUGUCAGUGGGCCAGGCUAAAGGAGAGAAUUCCAUGGGUUUUGUUAAAGGAUGCAUUUUAAAAGGACAAGAUCAUGACCCAUAUAAAAUGAAGGUGGAACGAAUUUAUUUAACUAAUUAAAGAACUAGCCAAAUGUCACAACCAUUUUAAAAGUUGAUGAACUGUGAAUUUAUAUAGAGAAGGAAUAUUAAAAUGAGUUUACAGAUGGAAGCAAAACUGGGUUUUCCCACUACAGGGAGGGUUACCCUUUCACCAGACAAUUGUGGGCAUGUCCAUAAACAAGAAUUAUUUGCAUUGCUAUUAGUUACCUAUAAUUUACCAAGGUGUAAAAUAGUGUAAAGAAUAUGCCUGCCAAUGCAGGAGACACAGAUUGGAUCCCAGGAGCAAGAGACCCUGGAAAAGGAAAUGGCAACCCACUCCAAUAUUCUUGCUCUAGAGAUCCCAUGGACAGAGGAGCCUGGUGGGCUGCAGUCCAUGGGGUCACAGAAGAGUCUGACAUGACUUAGCGACUAAGCAACAACAACAAAACAGCUCAAAGGCAGUGAAAAGACCAAGCCCCAUCGGAUCAGGUUUUACCGAAGAAACAUCUUAGAGAUUCAUCGCAUUUCCAAGGUUAACAUUUACAAUUUGGAGUUGUUGACCUUCUUCUAAGAAAGAUUUUGGCCAUCAAAAUGAAAACUUUCUUUGAAGCUUUAGAACAAUUAUACAAGAAGGUACUUCUUGGAGCCACACUUGAAAAUGACAGCCAUGAUUACGUCUUUUAUCUCAACCCAGCAUUUUCAGAUCAAGAUUGUUCUACAAUCACCUCCUCAGAAUGCUCAGACGCCCCCGAUGUUCAGGACAAGCAGGACCCAUCCUCUGUCAGUUUGUCUACCUUUUCUGUAGCACCUGUGUGUUUGCAGAGACAUUCUCUGAUGAGCAGUACCCGAGAAAUAAUGCUCCUUCAGUUAACAGUGAUCAAAGUGAUGAUAACCAGAAUAUUGUCUGUGGAAACUGAAUUCCAUGCAAAGGAGAAAUACAGAGAUAUAAUUAAAAUUCUUUUAAAAUCAUCUGACAUCGAAUCUCAAUUGACCUGUAUGUUCCAAAACUCGGAAAAAUUGUUAUCUCACAUGGCUGCAAAGUGUCUUGCACUAAUUCUGUAUUUCCAACUGAAGGAAAAGAUAACAUUGAGUAAUUCCUGGAUUUCUUUUUGCCAAAAAAAUAUUUCUGAAUAUUCUGAAAGUAAUAAAGUAGUAUACUGCCUCUGGAUACUUACCUUUGUAAUUAAAGAAAUCUUUAAAGAUACAUCUUCACAAAAAACAGAAAUUCUAAAACAGUUCCUGACUCCUUUUGACACUCUUUUUGAAGUCUUUUACAAUUCCUUAUUUUCUCAGCAUUUUGAAAACCACCAAGAUGCUUCUAAACUAAUAAACAGUUUGAUAUGUUUCCUGGAAUUGCUUGAACUUCUUAUAGCCUCCAGAAUCUACCUGAAGUUACAUUUCACUUGCCAGAGGAUUUUAUUUUUGAAACCUUCUUGUGUGCUUGAUGUUAUUACCUGGCCUAUUCAGGCUUUUGUCAAAAGGAAGUUGAUCAUCUUCAUCAAAAAGUGCCUUCUGUGCAAAGUGGGUGAAGACCUUUGUCGGGGAUCUGUCCCUGCCUUCAUGCCACCAGAUAAUCCUUUGGACGUGGACCUGUUAGCUUUGGCCAGUGCUGUUCUGCAAGCUGUGAAUUUGGGUUUGUUGAGGACGUUGUCUGUCUGUGGAAAACGUUCCUGCUUUGGAGGUGGUGAAGUCCUAGCUGGAUAUGAGCGUGCCCCUGGUCCAGAUCAUGUGAUUCUUAGAGCAUUGAGCUUACUUAUCAUAAGAUCCUUAGAAAUCAAGUUUCAAAAUUGUGCUUCAGCAAAUGAAAUGAAAGUUGAUUACCAGAGGUUCAUGUCUGAGUUACUGACCUUCUUAAAGCCUCACCUUCAGCCCUGUCUGCAAUCACACAAUCUCUGUGAGUGGUUGUCUAGGGUCUUCAUAGAACAAGACGAUGACAUGCUGGAGGCUGCCAAAGCAUCGCUGGGCAUCUACCUGAAGUUGACCAGAGAAUGUGAAGCUACUGAAAGCUUGACCCAAGAAAAAGAAAUGUGGAACCAUCACACACAUGAAAAUGGCUAUAAUCCCCACUGUAUUUUUUUAUUUUUAUUAAAAAAUAUAGGAUUUGAUUCUACUGUUCUUCUUGAUUUUUUGAUUUCAUCAGAAACUUGUUUUCUUGAAUAUUUUGUUAGAUACUUAAAAUUAUUGCAAAAAGACUGGGAUAAUUUUUUCACCAUUUGCAACUAUUUUGAUGUAACUGCAUCUAAAGAUAACAUACAUAUUUGUUGUAUCUCCUCACUUAUCCAAGGUAGAAAAAGCAGCGCAACAGAAGCUAGUCCUUUGGUUGUUGUUGGUAGUCACACAGAUGCUCAUUCUUGGGUCUCCUGGGCUUCUGCUGCUUCUUCUGAACCACUGAACCACGGUAUAACGUUGGAGAAGGCCCACACCAAGCUCCAGGCUAAUUGUCUUUCUACCCCAGGAGCUUCUCAAAGUCUGGUAGAUUAUGACAGCUCUGAUGAUUCUGAAGAAGGAUCCACAAGCCUGUGUUUAGUAAACAGCAGGCUAACGUCUUCACACCAAGAAGCAAUGAAGAAAACUCAGGACACAUUUGGAGCAAGUGGGGAUAAAAAAGAACUUGGCCCAGAGUCUCAGUCAAGGCCUCUGGUUACCGAAGAAUCUAAUACCCUGUUCUCUGUUUAUUGUGACAUAGCCCCAAAUAACCCAAAUAACACUGCUUCUGAAGUGGGAAUAUCUCACAGAACAGUAAAGUGCUUUGAAGAGCUACAAGGUGCCAUUUACCGUUUGCAGAAGAAAAAUCUGUUCCCAUAUAAUCCAACAGCACUUUUAAAGUUGUUAAAACAUAUUGAGACGAUAUAUAAUAAAAGUAUGACCCCUUCGUAAAACAGUGACAUUUUAUUUCCAGGAACUGUUUUUCCUUAAUAUAAUUGUGCCUUAAUGAGAUAACAGUAUCAAAAAUAAUAAAUAAACCUCAAAAGAGUUUUCUAAA